UUUUUUUUCUUUCUUUUUUUCCACCCCCUCUUUUUGCCCCAAACGCCCGCGAUAGAUUGCCCUGCCACCGCGCGCCCGGCUGUGGCCUUAACUCCUGAGUCGGGACAGUCAAGCGCCCAUACGCGCAUACACCUGCCGACGUGCUCGGCCUGCUGACGGACCCUGCUCCGGGUGCCCGGGCCUGGCGCUGUCGCCGUGGGUGGGCCACCUGAAUGAAGGGUCUUCGCCGGGCACCGCUCCAGCGGAGCCACACUCUCCCGCUCCAUGUGCUGAGGCCGCCGGAGCAGCGGGAGAUGGCUCGCAAGCACACGGCCCGCGACCGUGGACGACCGUCGACGCCUGUGGCGGCGGGAGGGCCUGCCGCCGGUGUGGCCCGGCGCCUGGGGCGCUGGCUGCGUGUCCUCCUGCCUCGCUCCAUGCGUCGAGGCCUGGCCCUUCUGGUGUUGGCGCUCGUGUUUGUGUGUCUCCUGAAGUGGUUGCCCGUCGGCAUGCCGGCGACCGCGCGCCGGGCCAUUGCCCGAAGCAUGCGGCCAUGGCUCGGCGCCUCGGCCCCGGAUACUGGCGAGCUGCUUGUGGCCGGGGCCGGCGUCAUGGCGGAGCCCGUGGCCAGCUCCGGCUGGCGCUGGGCCACCCCCUGCCACAGCGCCGGCUUGCCGGACCUCGGGGCUGAUAUCGGCCCGACGGGGCGCUUUUGUGUCCUGGAGCAUGCAGAGGCAUCGCCGGAUCCGGAGCCCGGGUCUUGGACCGAUGCGCUGCCUGCGCCGCUGGGCGGCUGGCCCAGCAUGGCGCCUGCCCCGGCGGAUGAGCCCGGCUGUCGGUUGGUACUGUGGGCCCCGGGGCUCGUCGGCCCGGCCGGCACCCUGGGCCUACUGCCGGGCCUGCUGGCCAUUGACGCACUCUGGCGCGAGGCACUCCCGGGCUCGGGCCAACACUGCGCCUGGCUUGAACUGGCCGCGGAGGCCUGGGUGGGAGAAGUGGACGCACGAUCCGGCGACCCGGCCGGACUUUGCCCUCCGUCCGGCGUCCAGACCCGGCCCCUGCCGGGAGCCCUAGUGGCCGCGGCCCGCUUGGUCUUCCCGGAGCUGGCCAUCGUCACGGACGCCGGGUGUCGGCCCGGGGCGGACAGCGCCGGCGCCAGCACCGAGCCGCCAGCCGGGCGAGUCAUCCUGGCAUUGGCGGCUCCCUGGCCCACCGGGCGGGACAUGGCCUCCUUUCGGACCCGGCGCCUGGAGGAUACGCGCCCGCCGGCGGCCGGCUGCACGGCCGUCGUCACCCGCUCGGGCGACCUGCCACAGGCCGGGGCGCUCACAUCGGCCCCCGCGGCCACCGUCAUCCGGGAGCCGGCCGCCAAUGCCGGGGACAUGCGCUGGCGUUUGAGCCUGCCGCCCGCGGGCAAGCGCUCGGAUCCGGCCGGCUGGGCGGCAUACCUGCAGGAUGUGCGUCGGUGCGACCGGGUCCUGGCGCUGGACCCGCACUUGGGCAUGGCCUUUGGCUGGGAGCAGACCGACCACCUGGCCGGGCUACUGUGGCUGACCCAUCCCCGGGCGCGAGUGAUCCUGGCGGUCGGCCGGCCGGCGGCCGUGCCAACCAGCCUCACGGCCGCCGGGCCGAGCGGCUCACCCGGCGCCUGGCUGCUGGCCUACCGUGCGACCAUGGCACGGCAGGACCUGCGCGCGGCCCUGAUGCCCCGGGCAUGGGGCCGGUGGCUGGCCCAGGCCUCGGUGGAAGCCCGGCGGGCCGGGUUCUGGCCGGCCAUGCUGGACCUGGUCCGCCUGGAGCUCGACGCCCCGGAGCCGGCCACGCGCAUCGGCGAUCUCGCCUCCGAUACGCGAGCCACAUCCGCCGGGCUGCUCACCUACAUGCCCUGGGAGCAGCUCAACAACCAACUCAUCGGGGCCAAGUGUGCCUGUGCUUUGGCGCGACUCCUGGGCAGGCAGCUGGUUUUGCCGCUCGUGGGGCAACGACGCCACCGGCCUCCCGACCGGGAGGCAGCCGCCCCGACGGACGAAGACGAGCCCCACGGCCCCGGCCAUCGGCACCACGCCAGGGACCGGGGCUCGGACUCGGGCACGGGCCAAGCCGCCGCCGGGUGGGACUUCAGCUUCCACGUGGCCGACUACCGAUGGGACUGGGCCUUCGAGUCGGUGUAUGACGCGGGCCACCUGCUGCCGCCGGGGGCCGGGGGGCUCGGGGCCCCGGCGGACGCCCUGCGCGGUGGCCAGCCGGGCGGUCUGCCCUGCCGCGUGCUGUCGACCAUGAACUUUCGCCUGCUGCUGGCGGAGUUGGCCUUGAGCCUGGCCGAGGGGGGCGGCCGGCCCAGUGGCCGGCCCCUGGGUGCGGCGCCUGCCCCGGCCUCGGGCAACGACCGCUUUCGCCUGGCCCGCCUGCUGCAUAACCCCCUCUACGAGCACACCCCCGAGGCGGAGACCGUGGCCUACCACCGGGACCUGCUCGGACUGGAGGCCGACCAGGUGACGCCGCUGCCGCGGAGUCUGUACCGGCGUCGGGCGGAUUCCCUGGUCCGGCUGUUCCAGGCCCCGGGGCUGGCCGACCAGCCGAUCCUCUCACUCGGCACACUUUACUGGGCCAUGGACUUCCCGGCGGCCGGCCGCGAGAUGGCCGACUAUCCGUACCGGCGAUACCCGGACCUGCGCCAGGCAAGCGCAUGGCGUGUGGUCAGUGACCCGGUGCGCCCGGCUCGGCGUCUUCUGGCCCUGGCGGCCGACAUCCUGGCCGGUCUGGCCGCCGGCCGGGGGCCGGCAUCUGACGCCGCGGCCGCCACCGGGGCCCCGGUCAUGGCAUGGCACUUCCGCCGGGGGCCGGAUUACGAGCGGAAGUGCGCGCGCAUCCGCGACCCGGCCCUUCAGCGCCUGUGCCUGCCCCCGGUGGAGAUGCUGGAGGCCCAGGCAGCUGCGCGACUCCGGGCGGCCCGCCCGGCGGUGCUCAUCGUGGCCACCGAUCUGCCGGACGCCGAUGCUCGAGCCCUCGUUGAGAGACUCCUCCACGGGGCAUCCCUGCCCUUUGCCUGGGGCUCCACGCCACCGGCGCAAAUGCGUGUCUUCCUCUUGGCGGACUUGGUGCGCGAUUUGGCCGGACGCGUGUCGCCCGAACACGCGCAGGAGUGA